UAAGCCAUAGUGAACCCGAUGGACAUCCAGACGUCCAGCGCAGUCUUCUGGACGUGUCUGAAAGCUGUCUCCAUCUGGCUGCUGUCCGUCCUGCUGGCUGUUCCUGAGGCCAUUUUCUCACAAGUCGUCUCCAUGCAGGGUCACAGAGACAACACAAAUGUCACCUUUGUGAACUGCGUGCCCUACCCGCUGUCCAAUCAGAUGCAUCCUAAGAUCCACUCGGUGAUGAUCUUCUUGGUUUACUUCCUCAUCCCUCUGGCCAUCAUCUCGGUGUAUUACUACCACAUCGCCCGCACGCUCAUCAAGAGCGCCCACGACAUGCCGGGAGAAGUCAGCGAACACACCAAGAGACAGAUGGAGACGAGGAAGCGUCUGGCCAAGAUCGUGCUGGUGUUUGUGGGCCUGUUCGCCCUGUGCUGGUUCCCCAACCACGUGCUCUACAUGUACCGCUCCUUCCACUACCACCAGAUGGAUCUGUCGCUGGCCCACCUCGUCAUCACCCUGCUGGCCAGAGUCCUCAGCUUCUCCUCCUCCUGCGUCAACCCCUUCGCACUCUACCUGCUCAGCGAGAGUUUCCGCAGGCACUUCAACAGUCAGCUGCGAUGUGGUCGAGGUCCCCGUCCCGAGCGCCAACCCAGCUACCUGCACAGCACCUCGCACAUCCGCCUCACCUCUAUCAAAAAGACCACACCCACCACCGCCAUCUUGGCUCCGGCAGCCAACGGCAACCCCAACAGACAGGAAGUGGCUCUGUGAGGCAGCAGGCUGAGAGAUGAUCACUUUUACCUCCUCCUGGGUGCUCUGUGAUCACAGGACUUCUGCAGGAGACGUAAUUUGGUGCACAGAGUAAACUGGGUGGGUAGUUGCUCCUGACCACUUGGACUUCAUCGUACACCUUCAACUUGGCAACCAAACAAAAGUGCCUCUUGGAAAUUCAAUGUCAAAGGGAACCAUAAAACCCCAAAGGGAAAAUGUUUAAUUCCUACAGUCAUGGGUGUUGAAAGCUCAUCGAUUAAAGUGUCUUUGUGAAGAUGGUGGAAGCAGUAAAGAUCUAACAUAAGUCGAAGAACCGACAGUCUUGUUGACAACUGACCACACUAGCAUGCCUGCUGUGAAAGCUUGUUUCUCUGUGCUUCUCUGCUGGAAUGCUCACUGUUGAUUGAUCUAAAAAGCCAUUUUCAUCUCUUUGGUGACCUUGUAUUAAAUUCACUGAGUGGGAAAAUUUUACUUGCCUUUUUGUCUGCUGCUACGUGAUAAGGAAGAUCAGAACAUCCCCAGAAUAAACAUCCCGGAGAAUGUUUGGGACCUACUGGAGAUUUGGCAGUUGUUACGAGAUGUGUCAGUCUUUUUAUCUGAACUCCUGCUACAGCUACUGUGGAGAUGAAUGGAAUUAGUUUGUAGCAGUUUAACCAUACCCAAUGCCUUGUAAACCAAAAUCUCACUGUGUGGAGAAAAUCUGUUUUGUACAUGUUUGGUUUGUGGCUCUGUUGGUUACUGUAUCCACCAGGUACAAAGGAGGUAAUGGCAUUAAAUACAUUAUUAUACGGUG